AUGGUCAUGACCCUGGCCCCUGGGGACGUGCACUCUCAAGUCAUCUGUGAGGUGGCCCAUGUCACCCUACAGGGGAGCCCUCUUCGUGGGACUGCCAACUUGUCUGACACCAUCCAAGUUCCGCCCACCCUGGAGGUCACCCCACAGUCCACCUUGGCAGGGAACCAGGUGAACAUCACCUGCCAGGUGAAGCACUUCUACCCCAAGAGCCUACAGGUGACCUGGGUGGAGAAUGUUAACGUGUCCAGGACAGAAACAGGCUCAACACGCUCAGAGAACAAGGACGGGACCUUCAACCUGACGAGCUGGCUGCUGGUCAACUCCUCUGGGCACAGGGAGGACGUGACGUUCACCUGCCGGGUGGAGCACGACGGGCAGCCAGCCACCACCAGGAACUACACCCUGAAGGUCUCUGCCGACCCCGGGAAGCAAAGCCCAGAAAACACCCCCGACAAGUCUGCCAAUUGGAACAUCUUCAUCGUGGUGGGCGUGGUGUGUGCCUUGCUGGUGGUCCUGCUGAUGGCGGCCCUCUACCUCCUCCGCAUCAAACAGAAGAAAGCCAAGGGGUCCACUUCUUCCACAAGGUUGCAUGAGCCCGAGAAGAACGCCAGGGAUAUAACCCAGAUCCAGGACACAAAUGACAUCAACGACAUCACCUACGCCGACCUGAAUCUGCCCAAGGAGAAGAAGCCUGCCCCGCGGGCUGCCGAGCCCAAUAACCACACAGAGUACGCCAGCAUCGAGACUAGCCCGCCCUCCAGGCCGGAGGACACCCUCACCUACGCCGACCUGGACAUGGUCCACCUCAACCGGGGCCCCAAGCAGCCAGCCCCCAAGCCCGAGCCGUCCUUCUCGGAGUACGCCAGCGUCCAGGUCCAAAGGAAGUGAACAGACUGUGCUUGGCUCUAGGGGCCUGUCCCCACGAGCUUUCUUGUCCCCCAUGGAGUGGUCCGUGUGGAGGACAGCCAGCCCCGUCCCGGGACGGCUGGGUGGCGUCGGUCCCAGGACCAGGAGUGAGGGCGGCUCCCAUCUGCCCAGCCCCCUCGGCUCUCCAGCGUUUCCAGGGCAGCCACGGCCCCCACACCCUGCACCCCGUCUGGAGGACUGAUGUUGCCGAACCACCUGGGGAACCCGCGGGCGCCACUGCUGGGGACCAAGAACUGUUGUGCCUCUGACGGUCACUCACGGGUCUGGUCGUGGUCUUAGAGACCCUGGCUGCCUCCUUGACGCCCCAGAUCCUGCUCUUCCAGGAUGAGGAGGACAAGACCCCCCACCUCCUCUUACCACCUCCACCCACUGGGGCUUCUGGGAAAUCUUUUCCCUGUAGAUCCAACUGC